GCUGCUGGUAAACCUGUCACUGUCACUGGAAGCAUAACUGGUCUGGAGCCUGGUCUACAUGGAUUCCAUAUUCAUGAAUUUGGUGACAAUACCAAUGGUUGCAUAAGCGCUGGCUCUCAUUUCAAUCCAAACGGAUGCUUACAUGGAGGACCUACAGAUGCAGCUGAUAAACGACAUGUUGGUGAUUUGGGUAACGUGCUUGUUGGAGACGACCGUGCAUGUAAUGUCAAUAUUACAGAUUCCAUGAUCAGCCUUACAGGAGAACAUUCCAUCAUUGGACGCUCCUUGGUUGUUCAUGAGAAGAAGGAUGACUUGGGACAAGGUGGAGACGAGGAGAGCAAAAAGACUGGCAAUGCUGGUCCCCGUCUAGCAUGUGGUGUAAUUGGCAUUACUAAUAAAUAAGUUUUGUUGAUGCUGUUCAAAAAAAAAAACCUUCUGAGUUGAUGACCUCAUUUUGUGUAAAUUAAUUGGAAGCGUAUAAUAAGAUAUUUGUAUUAGUUUCUCGUUACUUCACGGUAUUUCAUCAGAACCAUGCAUGGUUGCCAAGGAGACCAUAAGGGAUGUUGUACAAUCAUCUGACAAUUUGUUUUCAAUCAUUGGUGGAAGUCCUGUCGUUUGUAGUGCUGUCACUUUUUUUGGACAUCUGAAUAAAUACGAGAUACACUGUA